UCCCAGCAAAGGAAAAUAUCUUUGUUUAUAAAAAGGGCAACGGUUCUAGGUACUAUAGCAACUCAGACAAACAAUUACUAAGUAACUCUGUCUCUAUCUCUUAAUAAAUGGCAUCAUCUUCUUCUUCUCCAAAGUUUACAGUUCAAAGGUGCCAACCCCAGUUGGUAGUUCCUGCUAUCCCCACUCCUCACGAAGUUAAGCCACUUUCCGACAUUGAUGAUCAAGAAGCCCUGCGUUUCCACGUUCCCUUCAUACAAAUUUAUCGAAAGCAAGCAUCAAUGGCAGAGAAAGACCCAGUUCAAGUCAUUCGCCAAGCACUCUCCCAGACACUUGUCUUCUAUUACCCAUUUGCAGGUAGGCUUAGGGAGGGGCCUCGCCGCAAAUUGAUGGUGGAUUGCACCGGAGAAGGUGCCAUGUUCGCUGAGGCUGAUGCUGACGUCACACUCGACCAGUUCGGCGAUUCUCUCCAGCCUCCAUUCCCAUGCUUCCAUGAACUUCUAUUCCAUGUCCCUGGCACACAAGAAAUUACCAACACUCCCCUUCUACUCGUACAGGUGACACGCCUUAGAUGCGGUGGUUUCAUCUUGGCCUUCUGCUUCAACCACAUCAUGUGUGACGGAGCUGGUCUUUCGCAAUUCAUGAGCACGUGGACUGAAAUGGCUCGUGGUGCAACCAAACCUUCCAUUCCACCGGUUUGGCGAAGGGAGCUUCUCAUGGCAAGACAUCCACCACGCAUCACAUGCAACCAUCGCGAAUACGAACAUGUCCCAGACACAGUCAAAGGAGCCGUCACAUCAAACCAACAUGACAUGGUCCUUCGAUCGUUCUUCUUUGGACCUUCCGAAAUAGCUGCUAUUCGUGGCUUGGUUCCACCCCACCUUAAGCACUGCACAACGUUUGAUCUGAUCGCGGCAUGCUUCUGGCGGUGUCGUACAAAAGCAUUGCAGAUAAAGGCAGACGAGGAUGUUCGCAUGAUGGUGAUAGUGAAUGCACGUGGAAGGUUGAAUCCUCCUUUACCAGUUGGGUACUACGGCAAUGCUAUUGCAUACCCAGCAGCAGUUACGAGUGCAGGGAAGCUUUGUGGAAAUCCGGUUGGGUACGCAGUGGAGUUAAUAAAGAAAUUGAAAGCUGAGGUGACAGAAGAGUACAUGCAUUCGGUGGCAGAUUUGAUGGUGAUUAAGGAUCGGUGCACGAUUACAAGUGUAAGGUCUUGUAUCAUUUCAGAUUUGACACGUUUGAAGCUUAGAGAAGCGGAUUUUGGGUGGGGUGAGGCUGUGUAUGGUGGAGUGGCUGAAGGUGGAACUGGGAGGUUUCUUGAAGCAACCUUUCAGGUUUUGCAUAGAAAUGCAAAAGGAGAAGAAGGCAUCGUCUUACCAAUUUGGUUGCCUGCUGAAGCUAUGGAUAGGUUUGCGAAAGAGUUGGAUCAUAUGUUUCGCAACCGAAACCAAACUAAUACUCUGACUCCUAGGUCAAUCAUGUCUGCUUUAUGAGAAAUGAUUAUUUGAUACAUCUUUAUAUUCA